AUGAGCGACGAAAACGAGAAUAAAGGGAGAGAAGAUGAUGCGUUUUCAAAGGAGGAUGUUUCUGUUGUUUUAGAGGAAGAAGAAGAAGAAGAACACGAAGGGGUAAUAAAAGAAGAGAGAAAUGAAAAUCAUCGCCCCAACCACAAAGCGCAGACGAAAACGAAGAAAUACAAGAGCGAAAAAUCAGUCAAGUUUCUCUUCCGGGAAGCGACGAAAGCGAGGAACGAACACAUGGUCAAUUCCACGAAGAAGAACAACAGUAAAGGAAAAGUUGUAAACUUAGAGUACGAGAAAGAACGAGAAGAUAACGAGGAGGAUUUUUCAACCCCGGGGGAUUCGAAAGAUUCCGCGCAGACGAUGAUGAAAGAAGAAGAUUCGCUCGCGAAGAACAACAACAACAACGCGAAAGGACAUCGAAAGAGACGGAAAGAGCAUUACGUCCUCCCAGCCACGCAAAGACCGGAUUCGUCGAACACGUUCCCGAUGAUGGGGAUUCCCGUGGCGUUUCCGAAAGGCUUGACGCCGUUAAUUCCGCAAAAGAUUGUCAUGUCGAAAGUGUUGCAAGCGCUCAAGACGAAGCAACACGCGCUGGUGGAAUCGCCGACGGGGACGGGGAAGAGUUUAGCCUUGCUGUGCGCGUCGUUGGCGUUUCAGAAGGAGAUGAGGAGGCAGAUUUGGGAGAAACGGGCGAAAAUUGGGGCGGCGCCGGAGAAUAAAGGGUUGCCGGAUGGGUGGAGAACCGCGAACGGGAUGUUUGUCGGCGCGAAAGAGGCGGAAACGGUGAAAAUGGAAACGGGAGAAGAAGUUAAAGAAGAUAAAGAUAAUGCGAGGAUAAAGUCAGAAGAAGCUGCGACGACGACGACGAACAACAACAACAACAACUCCUCGAAAAACGUACUCCCACCAGACGGUGGUAUCGGCGCAAAGUUAUUAGCGAAAAUGGGCCACUUACCCGGACAAGGUUUAGGCCCGGACGGGAAAGGGAUUUCUGAACCCAUCAAAACGAAAAUGCGGCCGAUGGGCAUGGGUAUGGGCUAUGGAAAUUUCGAAGAGAACGCGAGAGGAAAGAAGUACGAACAUAGCGACCCCGAGAGGAUGGAUAACGACCAAAAACAAUCGAUGAAAAAUCUGAUGGAAAGGUUGGAAAGAGAGGAGGAAGAAAUUCCCAGAAUUUUCUUGUGUUCGCGAACGCAUUCGCAAAUCGCUCAGUUAGCGAGAGAGUUGAAGAGGUGCCCGUACAGGCCAAACUUUUCGGUGUUAGGAUCUCGACAACAGUUCUGUCCGGCCAAGAAAACGGACGAGGAGUGUCAAGAGAUGACCAGAGGGUGCGUGAAAGCGGUGCCGCCGCAUUCGACGAGCUCAAAGUGCGCGUAUUUCAAUCGCCAGGCGCACUUAUUAGACGAGAUGAGAAACGCGCACAUUUGGGACAUCGAAGAUUUGAAGUACGCCGCAGAGGAACACGAGGCGUGCACUUUUUACGUCACGAAAGAGUUAUACAAAGAUGCCGAGUUUGUUUUGUGUCCGUAUAAUUACAUUUUCGACGAGGGCAUUCGCGCGGCGAUGGAUAUCGAUUUAACAAACGCCGCCAUCAUCAUCGACGAAGGACACAACAUCGAAGACGUCUGCAGAGAAGGCGCGUCGGUGGAAGUCUACGAGAAAGAUUUAGAGAGAUAUUUGAACGAAAUUGGGAUAUUGGUUGUCACUUUUCCGGAAGCUUUACCGGUGAAGAACUUCUUGAUUCAAAUUGCCGCGUGGAUCUCGAGAAAGAUGAAACAGAGACAAGAGUUCGAUCGAUACAAACAAACGAGAACGAUAAGCGAUCCGAACGUCAUAAUCGAAGAGUUAUGGGACGCGUUGUGUAACCCAAAACGAGAAGAGGAGACGUUAGACUCCGUUUUGAAAAAAGUCCAAACGAUAACGGCCAAGCAAUCGAAAACUAUGCAAAUGAUCUCGGAACAAGGCGAGAAAGUCACCGGAGUCUUGGGCAUGCAAGCCAUGCGAUUCGCGAACGAAAUCGCGACAAAAUUCUCCUUGUUCAAGAAGUACUCCAACGAUUACGUCUUAUGCAUCGCACAAUUCGCGCACGACGCGUUCAGCAACCCAGCGGACAAACCAAAACACGACGAGAAGACUGGUGGUUUUGCCCUGUGGUGUCUCCGGCCGGCGGUGGCGUUUGAACGAGUCGCCGAGAAAGCGCGGUGCGUGAUUUUAACCUCAGGCACGUUAUCUCCGACGUCUUCGUUAGAGGGUGAAUUGGGCGUUCCGUUCCCGAUUAAAGUCGACGCCCCGCACGUCGUUCCGAACAACCAAAUCUUCGUGGAAAGUCUCGAUACGCUCGGUGCCAUCACGAGGAGAAAUUUACAAUCGAGCGGCCAAGAUUUUUCCGCGCGAUUAGGCGACAUGCUUUUACGGUAUUGCAAACACAUUCCAGGAGGCGUAUUAGUGUUUCUCCCGUCCUACGAACUCAUCCAGAGGAUCUCGGACGAGUGGUUCCACACCACCGGACACCACGCGCAGAUUUCGAAGCACAAGAAAAUCGUGUUCGAAACCGGCGGAUCUCGAGGUUUCGACGAAACCCUCGAAGACUUCAGAGACGGUUUGAAAAAGAAAGGCUCCUUACUCUUUGCCGUUUUCCGUGGCAAAUGUUCAGAAGGCUUGGAUUUUAAAGACAACGCCGCGCGGGCGGUGUUUUGCAUCGGAAUCCCGUUCCCGAACCUCGGCGACGUCAAAGUGAACCUCAAGAAACAGUUCAACUCCUCCGCGCACGGCGCGCAGAAAAACUUACUCGACGGCAAUCGAUGGUACGAACACCAAGCGUUUCGAGCGUAUAACCAAGCGCUCGGUCGAUGCGUUCGGCAUUUACACGAUUACGCCGCUAUUUUCUUGGUCGACCAGAGGUUUUGUCACAACCGCGAGAACAUAAACUUAAUAAGCAAAUGGGUUCGAGGCCGCGUGCGUACGAGCGGCGGCGCGAACGAAUCCGUCGGCACGUUGAAUGAAUUUUUCCAAACUUUACGAGCGAAUCCACCGGAAGAGAACAAAGUUAAGAAGAAUUGA